CUCACGAAUAUUGUCGAAAAAUGCGCACCUAUCGUCUUAAGUUCAAAUGCCUGACUCACUGUACAUUGAAUUUUGCAAAAUAUAAGUUAUAAAAUAAUAAAAAGAAAAAAAAAUAACACCACACACCAACCAACUCCCUUUUAAACUUGAAAAAUCUAUCUUCUCGGACUCAUUUCGAUCCUAUUCCCCCCGAAAAAAAAAACAAAAAAUAUAUCUAUCUUAUUCACUUCACCUUAUUCUAAUUUUCAAAACGCAUGUCCGCCCAUCUCAUUAAAUUACUUUUUACGGUCAAAACAAAUUUGCAGAUACUUCAUUAUUUUCUUGCAACAAAAAUAUCUCUCAGUCACAUAUUAAUAUGGAAGAUAGAAUAAAUAAAAUAUCUAAAUAUGAAGUAAACCUAGGAUCUCACAGAUACUUUUUUUUUAAUUCCAACACAAACAUAAAUACUCUCUCUCUCUUGUUUAGUUCACUACAGUGACAACUCACUACUCACGGUUCUCUCCCACUGACUCACUUGUACAGAAAAUUGUAGAAAAAUUGAGACUGAGAGUAAAACUACGCAACUUGUUCGUCUUCUUUUUUACACAAAAUUUCACUGUGUGGAUGUAAAAAUAAAAUUUUGAACUUUUUUAGUUCGAGUUUGUAUUUCGUUACGUUCGGAUGGGAGGUACAUUGCGUGUCGCGGAAUCGCGACUUUGAUACAUAUAUAAUAUACAAUUUGUUCAAAAAAUAUAUACAAAAAAUUAUUAAAACAAAAAAGUGGAACAAAUUUUAAUUUUUUUUGUUGAUUAAAACUGGAUUUAUUUUAAACUCUGUGCUUCAAAUUUAUAUUAUCAACAUUUCCUUCAAUCACUUAAAGAAUAAAAAAGAAAAACACACACGAAAAAAAAAAAAAAAAAACCUUCAUCGCCAAAUACGUCAUCCAUCAUCGUGUGUCGUCUUCGUCUUUGCCUUUGCAUUCGCAGUCGUUGUUUCCGUCGUCGUUCUCGUCGUCGUUGUCGCCGUCGUAUAUUCGUCGGUUCGACGAUAAAUUUCUUGUAAACUUGCAAAGUUUUUUUAAAAAAAAGGAUAACAACACACAAAAAAAUAUCUCUUGGAUUAAAGUCAAUAAAAUACCUUUGGAUUGUGGAUUUUCGCUAAGUUUUCGCUAUAAUUUUCGCUGAGUUUCGCUAAGUUAAAAAAAAUCGAAAAUUUAACAACAUACUAUCAAGUGACUUAAAAAAUUGGUUUCAAAAUUGCUCUUACGAUACGACAGAAAAAUAAGAGCAUAACGGUGGUCAAAAAAUACAGAAAACAACAACAACAAAAGUGAGCGAAUUAAUUUCCAAUUGGAAAAUUCAAGUGUUAAAUCAAAAAUUUGCAAAAAAUAAAAACAACAUAAAAAACAUACAAAAUUAAAAAUAAAAUCUAUUGUUAAAACUAAGUGUUAAAUAAAAGAAAUUAUAUAUAAAAUAUUUUAAAAAUAAAUAAUUCUGCUAUAUACAAAUUAUUACUUUCCAUAUAAAAGUGAAGUUUCAAAAAAAAAGUGUUUAAAAAAGAAAUCACAAAAUCAAAAUAACCAACAUACAUCUAUUAAAAAUUAAUAAGAAGAAGAAAAAAGAAAAAUGAUAAUAGUGUCUGAAACAGUGCCGUUGUUUAUUCUCAAAACCCCAAAUCCUUUAAUUAUAGAUUUUAAAAAAAAUAAAUAAAAAUUAUAUUAAUCACAUAAAUUGUUAAAAUAAACAAAAAAAAAAAAUAUUUGAAAAUAUAUAAAAGAAUUUAGUGCAAAAAAUAAAAAAGUAUUAUAUUAAUAAUAACCUUUUUUAAAAAAAUAUCAAAUAAAACACAAAAAAUACAAUUGUGAAUUUUAAAUAAUAAAUUAAACAAAAUUAAAAAAAAAAUACCUACAACAACGACAAGUGUAUAAAAAUAAAAUUAAUCUUAAAUUAAUUUUUCUAAUCUUACAAAUAAAAAUAAAUAAAUAAAUAAAACAUCGCUUAACAAGAGACACACGACAAACAAAACAAACCAAAAAAAUAACAAACAAAAAUAAAUUAAAAGUAAAAGUAAGGCAGAUUUUCAAGGCGGACUAAACAAAAAGAUCACAAAUUGUAUUGUUUGUGCAGACUUUUUGUUUAUAUAUAUAUUUUUUUUAUUGUCAUAGGGUUUAUAGAAGUGCCUCAAAAUUUGGGAUUGCUUUCCUGAGUUGGUGGCUGGCGUUACAGCGACCACGGAGCGGCCGUCUGCUCCACAAGCGCCUCCACAGGGCCCAUCAUCGCUGCAGCUAACAGAUGAGCCCCACAUGUCAAUUGUUGCAGCCGAAAAUGCAGGGCUUGGCCCAUGUGACCUACAAGAUCCUUGGGUACCAUCACAUACAACACAAACAACAGGUGUUUGCUCACUGCCAUUAUCAUCGCCGGCAGCUGCAACAGCAGCCAUUGCUGUAUCAACAGGUGUAACUGCUGCUGUCUCAUCACUAGGCGGUCCAAAUUAUCAUACACCAAACGUAACAUUACCAACAACAAAUAAUAUUAAUAAUAAUAAUAAUACAACAACAAGUAACAAUUUAAUAUUAAAUAAUAACAACAAUAACAAUAAUUCAAAUAACAAUAAUAAUAAAAAUUUAAAUCUAAACAAUAAUCCAUUAUUAUUGCAACAAAAAGCUGCCACAGCCGCACUGGCUGCUGCUAAUUAUCAUCAACAUUCACCACAAACGAAAAUUAUGAAUGCUGUUGCAUCACCGAUCUCAGCUAAUACAGCGACAUCAAAUCGCAAAAUUCGAAGAAAGACCGAUUCGAAGCCCCAAUCGCAAAUAAACAAAUGCAACAAUGAAAAACGCCGACGGGAAAUGGAAAAUAAUUACAUUGAACAAUUGGGGGAGUUCUUACAGCUUAAUAAACGUAGUGACAUGACCUCAACAAAACCCGAUAAGGCAGCAAUUUUAAAUCAAGUUGUUAAAACGUAUCGCGAUAUUUGCGAUAAGGGUCAAUCUCGCGACAUUUCCUCGUCGUCGUCAUCAUCAUUAGCAAAUAAUACAACAUCAUCGUCUGGAGCGAAUCCUGGGGCAUCUCCCUCACUAAUAACAUCAACAGGCGCCAACGCAUCUUCGACAUCAAGUUCGAAUCGUUGUGCCCGGUGUGCAACCGAUAAUUGCACCAUACAUCCGGUUCAACAGGGUGACAUCUCAUCGACCGAACCUCCACUGCCCGAACCAUCGUUGAAUGGUCAAGUUCCCGAAAUAUCAGCAUAUUUCGAAGCUAUCGAAUUCUACAUUUCCUCAGUUGGUUGGGUAUUGUUGCAAAUAAACUCAGACGGUUGCAUCGAAACUUGCACCCAAAACGUACGCGAUCUCUUUGGUUAUGAGAAGUCAGAGCUGCAUAAGCAGCCAAUAUACUCGUACCUGCAUAGCGCUGAUCAUGCCAAAUUGAAUCCAAUCCUAAAUACUAUGUCAUACCAAAAUAGCGGCGGUAAUAAUAACAGCAACAGCAGUAGCAAUUCCCUGGCUUUGGGCUGGGGUGAUCAAGAUGAUACUCAACAACAGCAGCAGCAACAGAUGCAGCUAAAGGGCAAGCGCAGCAUUUCGACAAAGGUUCGAAUGUUAGUCAAAGAUAGGGCCAAUGAUGCUAUGGACCAAAAAAGUCUCACGCGGGGUGAUAAAUAUGAAGAAGUUGUAUUGAUUGCUGCGCCAGUUAAAGAUGAUGGUGAUGAUUCGUCGUCACUCCUUUGUCUAAUCACACGCCCCGAGGAUGAAUCACCACUCGAAAUGAACAUUCAACAACACGUUGUGCAGCGUUCUCUGGAACAGCUGACCUUUAAGCUCGAUUUGCAUGGUAAAAUUCUGCAGACCGAUACAUCGGCGUUGCGGACAGCCUUUGCCGAUUACAUAUCCAAAUCCCGAGGGAGUCUAAUUCAGGAUUUGUGUCACAUCAACGACCUUAGUAACCUUAAGUGUCACAUGAAAGACGUACAAGAUUCUGGCGGCAAUGCAAAUCUGAAUAGCUAUACAUCGAGGCCGUUUCGACUGCGUUUGGGAUCUCCCGACGUGUAUAUGCACGUCAAGGCUAACUCAAGACUCUUCCCGAACAGCACUCCCGGCGAAACUGACUACAUCAUGUCGUGGCAGACUCUGCUCGGCCAGGGAGAUGACAACAAUGUCAAUCCCAACGCGCCGCAGCCGGCUGGCAAUUCAAUGGUAUCGUCGAUAGCUUCAUCGAUGUGUCCCUCAUCGAUUGACUCAUCGUCGUCAUCAUCACAGAGUUUGAUGCCCAGCACGAGUCAUCACCACACCACAACGACUAACGUCGGCGGACCAUUGAUGACUUCGGUGAUAAACGGUGGCGGUCAGGUGCAAGCCUCGCCGCGAACUGGCCUUGUAACGGCUUUCACUAAUUCGCCCUCUGGCCCGGAUAACACAACAAACAAUUUCUAUAUGCCAGAAACUUUCGAUUUUGAUUUUCCACAUUCCUCCUUCGAAAUAGAAUCCGUAGCUUGGGGCGACUCUAGACCGAAUUCACGAACGAGCGUUGCCACACCAGUGACUACUCCUCGCCCGCCCUCGGGACAGGCGUUUAGUCCUGCCGCGCAUGGCGUGUGUCAGUCUCCAUCUACUCCGUAUCAAUUGUCGUCGCAGCACAGUGUUGCAAGUCAACCGAGUCCCCAGCAGAACAACAAUAACAACAACAAUAGCAACAGCAUAAACAACAACAACAACGGAGCGUAUCAUGGUUUCGUGUUUCCCAAUUUCGACGACAAGGAUUCUUCGAUGGGAAAGGAGCAACAUCACAAUCUGUUGCACAACAAUGGAGGAUCCAACAACGGAAACAACAGUGUAGGAGCUGGCGGGAAUCCGAGUGGAUCAAGUGGCAGUGGCAACAGUACGGACUCGGAGCGAUUGCGUCACUUGCUAACAUUGAAACCAAAUCAACCAACAGGUGGACAGUCUGGAGGAAUGCUUGGAUCCGGAAUGGGAGGUGGCGAUGAGCCCGAGAAUGACAAUCACAUACUCAAAGGCUUAUUGAACUCUGAGGAAGACAAAGACAGUAUUGUAGCUCCUGGAGUACCUUUCAAGAUGAAUGCGUCUGGUUUGGCUAAUCGAAUGUACGGCAAUACAAUUCCAAAGCAAACAAAUACCAAUAAUCGCAUGCUGCUUUCGCUCUUGAAUGAAAAAAGCGAAGAUGACGAUUCGCAAUCUAAAGUACGACCGGGUAGUGAACUUAUGCGUCAGCUGCAAAAAGACGACGGACCCAAAGACCAUCAUCACCACCUCAAUCACCAAAAUCCGAACAACAUGAGUUCAGAGGAUCUCAAACGGUUUCUUAAAAUCCAAUUGGAAGAACCUGGCAAGCGAAAACGUCCCUCAAACGAACCCGACGAUGGCAAGGCCGCUAAGCGCUCCGAUGACAAGCCUUCAAAAUUACGUGAGAGCAAUCGAAUGUUGGCCUCGUUGCUGGAGAAAUCCACAAAGAUGCCAGUGCUUUCGUCAUCGCCUGGCGUGAAGAUCAUUCCGGACAUCACGCCUUCAGUGAAUCGGGUCAGCAGUUCGUCCGGAUUGGGUGGUCUGCAGCUGAAGGUACCUCCAACCAAUACAGCCAAUGUAGUCACUCAACAACAGUCAGCAGCCGCGGCGGCAGCAGCUGCUGCUGCGGCCGCAGCGGCUGCAGCAAACAACUCGCAUGCGAACCCCACCACUGGCCGUGGACGCAAGCAGCCUUCCGAUGCCUACCUCACACAACAACAACAACAACAAGCUGCCCAACAGCAACAACAACAACAGCAACAACUGCAGCUCCAAGAUCAAGCCAAAAACUCCUCGCUCCAGUCACCAUCCGCGACCUCAUCAAUACAACGACCUCAAUCAUCGAGUGGGGGUGCCAAUUCCGCCGCCACCGCUGCCUACCAAUUGGACCACCGUGCCUCCCCAUUCGGUUCAGCUACCUCAUCUACGUCGUCUGUGUCGGCCUCAGCGGCAGCAGUAGCCGCUGCCUCGGCCAGCUCAGUGUCCCUGGCGUCUUUUAGUGGCAGCAUCUCAUCUGUGACAUCUGCCCCCACCUCAGCGGCCAUGGUGGGUGCAGGCGUUAGCGGUGGAGGUGUCACCAUCUCCACCAAUAGUCAAAUGCAUGCAAUGCAACAACACCAGCAGCAGCAACAGCACCACCAGAAUUCCGAAUUCGAUCCUGAAUUAGCAAAUAUCCUCAACUAUGUCAUCGACUGUGUGCCCGAUUGUAAUAUUCCAGAACAGCAAUUCGGCAAUACAAACCACGUGCUGUCGCAGCAAGAACUAAACGAAAAAAUCGCCAUCAAUGAAAUUCAAAAGUCAUUGAUGCAAGUGGAAGCUUCAGCAUUCAAUAGUCGACCGCCACCGCCCUACUCCCAGCAGUUGAGUGUUGGUGGUGGAAUGACUCAACAGCAGCAACAGCAACUCCAGAAUAUGCAGGCAAAUCAGGGUUUCCAACAUCCUCCGCCUAUGUAUCAGCCGCCAAGAAAUAUUCGUUUUCAGCUCUCGAAUGGAAAUAUUACCUCAAUUCCGGUGUCGCGAUUGAAUCGCGAUCGAAUGAUGCAAGCCGCCCAAAAAGAACGCCUCUUGCAGCAGCAACAAAAGCAACAUCUUCUCGUUCCAGAGAGUGCAACUGCGCGUGGAGAUCAGUUGUGUUUAAAUCCAGGCUUGAAUAACAUCGGUUCACUGUUGAAUAAUACUGUAGCGCCAAAUGUCUCACUAUCUCGCAACAACAUGCCACCCGACUCCCAACUAAGUCCGAGCUAUGCCCAAAGCAUGAUUCAGCAGCAAUUGAGUCCUGGACAGAGAGGUGCACCCUUUAGUCCACAAUCGAAUGCAGGCUUCCAGCAACAAUUCACCAACAAUGGCCAGCGUUUGUCGCCGCAGCAACAACAACAACUCUCUCAAAUCCAACAGCAGCAGCAGCAACAACAACAACAACAGCAGCAACAACAGCAACAAAUGGCCUUUCAAAAUGUCGUUGGAAAUAAUACAGCUGCCCAGCUAUCACCACGCCUGCCACCAUUCAACGUGAAUGCUCAAUCAGUUGCCACAGGUGCUGGUGGAGUAUCCCCACAACAAUGGAAUACAGCAUCUGGUGGUGUUGGUGUUGGCGUUGGUGGUAAUGGAUCCAACAAUAAUGGAGGAGGUGGUGGAAAUAACAAUUCAAGGAUCUCCCUGCAGCAGCACAAUCCCAUGCUGAGUGCUCAGUUGCAGGUGGGACAUAAGGGUGUCAGUCCAUACAGACAAUUUCAAACACAAAGACGUUCAUUAAAUUCACCUGGUGGCGCUGGUAAUAUGCAACGACAAAAUUCAUUUCCACAACAAAGUGCUGACGGAUUUCCUGGACCUACCUCACCAAGUCCCCAAUCACCAUAUGGACCGCCUGGGAAUGUGUUUAGCGCACAGCAAUUGCAGCGAAUGCAACGGCAAACAAGUGUACCUCAAGCCACGCAACAUUUGCCAGGCUCACCCCGUUCUUUUGGUGGAUCGGAUGGUACGGGCGGCGGCGGCGGCUAUGGCAUGAUGUACAAUAGCAUGCAACAUGCUGGACAAGGGCCACCGCCAAAUGAUUUCUAUGGUCGCAAUCAGACCGCUCUUGAUUUCCUUCUUGCAGCUGGUAAUGGUUCAAAUUCAUCGGAGUUUGUGCGACAGGAAUUGCGAGCAGUUGUCAGUGGGAGAGCGCAGCAAUCAGCGGCAGCUGUCAAUAACGGCGGUAUUCCAGGUGGCGGCGGCGGUGGUGGUGUAAAUAAUCCAAGUAAUACUGGAGGUGGUGGUCUAAGAACACCACAGAGCCCCCUCGGUAUGGGCCAAGGACCGAUGGUGGGCGGGAAUAGUACAAAUCAACUUGGUAUGCCACAAAGCCCACAACAACAACAACAGGGAGUUGUGUCAGUUCAGCAACAGCAACAACAACAACAGCAACAACAACAACAGUUGACAGGGAAUUCAUUAAUGAAUACGCCACCAGAUCCAACAUUAAACUUCGGUUUCGACAUACCACAGACACCCGACUUCUUUGGAAGCAGCACAACAAGGUGACCCUAAUAAAGGAAACACACAAUCCUUGCUCCUACACCAGCUGCUAUCUUUAAGCUAACUAAAGUUAGUUCCAUAAUUUAUUAUUAAAAAAAAGAAAACAACAAAAAAAAUACUUUCACAAAAAACCGACAAAAAAAUCUUUAUCGAUUGUAGUUAAAUUUUUAAAUAAUAAACAAAUAUUAAAAAAGAUACAAACAAAAAAAUUAAGGAUACAGUUGACCAAUACGAAAAUUUUUAAAACAAAAAAUUGAAAAAUCGGAAAUAAUGGGAUACAAAAUUUUGAAAAAAUAAAAACUAUUAAAAAAAAUGUUUUUAAGAGAAUUUAAAUAUCUAUCUAUCUAUUAAAUAUAAAUAUUAAAGAUAUUAAACAAAAUAAAUUACAAAACAAAAAUGGUAAUCUGUGGUUUGGUGGCAUUGCGACAUAACAAAAUAAAAUUCAAAAAAAAAUACAAAAAAAGAAAACUAGAUCUAUAUUAUAUAUACAUAUAUAAACUUAUACACUUAAAUUGAAAUAGAAUUUAAAAAGAAAAUGAUAAACCUUAGCUUAUUUAAUUUAAUUAUUUAAAACAAAACAAAAAUAAUAGAAACAAAUUUAUAUAUCUAUAUAUAUAAAAAUAAUAUUAACAUAUUUAAUAAUAAUUAAAACGUAUACCAAGGAUUGGAUAUCUAUGUCCACGUUUUUAUUUUGGGUAUUUAAAUUUAAAAAUAAAACAAGUCUAAUGAAGUUCUUAAGGAAAAUAGAGAAAAGAAAAAAAAAACAAGUAAUAAUGUUUAAGAUCUUUUUUAUAUAAGUUUACUAACAAAAAUUAACAUCUAAAUUAAAUAUGAAUUAAUUAAUAACUCAAAACAAAAAUUAUGAAUAUGUAAAAGUAUAUAAUUUUUCAGUGUGAUAAAAUGGAGUAUAAAAAAAAUUAUGUAACUUUUUAAAUUAAAGUAAAAACAAAUUAAGUAAAUUUUUAUUUUUUACGUAGUAAAAUUCAAAUCAUAUUUUUAACAAUCAUCAGAAAUGUCAUUGAUUAAAAAAAAAACCAAAACAGUUUAUAAAAAAAAACAAUGUGAAAAUUCUCGAAGUAAUUUCAGCAGUUUUUAACAGAGAUGGAAAUUAAGAUUUAAAAACAUGCUUAAAAUAAAAAAUGUUGAUAAAAACUUAAAUAUUUCAUAAUUUAGUUAAUUAUUCAAAUUGAAGUAAAACUUCUUAAAUUAAAUUAAAUGGCACAUCAAACACAAGAUGAUUUCUCCAAGGGAUUAUUUUUAUAAAAACUGAUGGAAUAUUUAUUUCCAGAGAUAUCUGUAAUCUUAGAAGCAUAAGUCUUUGAAAAAAUUUUCUCAGCUUUGCUUUAAUAAAGAUUCGCUAAAAAAAGUUUUCUUGUCUUAAUUUGAAA